CCUGUUUAUCAAAUUUGGGGCGUCCCCAUCCUUCCAGCCAUCGUCGAAUCUUCAAAUUUUCCCUCACUUUCUCUCCGUUUCUCUCUCUCGACACACACAUAUAACAUAACACACACAUAUAUAUCAAUUUGCUUCUUCUCACUUCUCUCUGUCUCUCUCUUCACUGUCUUCCAUAAGUGAAUGCAGUAAUAGCAAAGGAAAAUGGGGAUGAAACACCGAUCGCGAGCAAUUUAUCUCACAGAGGAAAUCGAUUAAUCUAUUCUAAAGUGGUUUGUGUUUCUGGGAUAAACUUGAGUCUGCAAGUGGAUUUCUCAAACUUACUUCCCAGGCAAAGUUUAGUGAGACCUUGAUCAGGUUUUUGCUUUUUGCCACUGAUGAUGGAAACUCAAAGCCACUCAGAAGAUACCGGGCAAAGAAUUAUGCUUCCACCACCAGCUGGAACUUUUGAAGAUCGUGAAGUUCUUAUCAAACAUGUUCGUGACUUUGGCGCUAACCAAGGAUAUGUGGUGACAAUUAAGAAGUCUAGGAAGGAUAGAAGAGUUAUACUUGGUUGUGACAGAGGAGGUGUUUAUCGCAAUAGGCGUAAGAUUGAAGAAAGCAAGCGCAAAAGGAAAGCAUGUUCACGCCUUAUUAAUUGUCCUUUUGAAGCCAUAGGUAAGAAGGAAGAUGACGCAUGGGUACUUACAAUAAAAAAUGGUGAACACAACCAUGAACCUCUAAGAGACAUGUCUGAGCAUCCUUAUAGUCGUCGUUUUACUGAGGAUGAGGUCAGGCAAAUUAAACAAAUGACUGAAGCUGGCAUAAAGCCACGCCAAGUUCUUAAGGCUCUCAAGCAAAGUAAUCCAGAGCUUCAGUCAACACCAAGGCAUUUGUACAACCUCAAAGCUAAGAUCCGUCAAGGACAUAUACCAGAGAAAAAUUUUAAUUCAUGGAGACCUAAUAGAUCUGUUCCUAUAAGUACAUCUGCCGAGGCAUAUGCACAACAGAACUGUCCGCUGAAGGUUCCGAAUCUUAUUGGAGGGAAAUUUGUGGAUUCACAAGCGUGUGCAAUCGUUGAUGUUAUAAAUCCUGCUACACAAGAGGUUGUUUCUCAAGUGCCUUUAACUACAUAUGAAGAGUUCAAAGCUGCAGUUAGUGCAGCCAAACAAGCUUUUCCUUCAUGGAGAAACACAUCUGUUACUACUCGUCAGCGUAUUAUGUUCAAGCUCCAAGAGCUCAUCCAUAGGGAUAUCGAUAAGCUUGCCAUGAACAUUGCUAUAGAGCAGGGGAAGACGAUGGAUGGUGCCAAAGGUGACGUCCUCCGUGGUUUAGAGGUGGUUGAACAUGCUUGUGGAAUGGCAACUCUGCAAAUGGGGGAGUUUGUUCCAAACGCAUUUAGUGGAAUUGAUACGUAUUGCAUUAGAGAACCACUUGGUGUUUGUGCAGGGAUAUGUCCCUUUAACUUUCCGGCAAUGAUUUCAUUAUGGAUGUUCCCCAUUGCAGUUACAUGUGGCAAUACAUUUAUUCUGAAGCCGUCUGAGAAAAAUCCAGGGGCUUCAAUGAUACUUGCAGCAUUAGCAAUGGAGGCUGGUUUACCCGAUGGGGUCUUAAAUAUUGUUCAUGGCACCAAUGAGAUUGUGAACCAUAUUUGUGAUGAUGAUGAUAUAAAAGCUGUAUCAUUUGUUGGUUCAAAUACAGCUGGCAUGCACAUAUAUGCCAGGGCAGCAGCUGGAGGCAAACGUGUUCAGUCCAAUAUGGGAGCCAAAAAUCAUGCUGUUAUCAUGCCUGAUGCAAGUGCUGAUGCUACUCUGGAUGCUUUGGUUGCUGCUGGUUUUGGUGCUGCUGGACAGAGGUGCAUGGCUCUCAGCACUGCUGUUUUUGUUGGAGGUUCCAUCCCAUGGGAAGAAGAACUUGCAGACUGUGCCAAAGCACUUAAAGUAAAUGCAGGAACAGAGUCUGGUGCAGAUGUUGGACCAGUUAUUAGUAAAGAGGCAAAGGAUCGAAUAUGUAGAUUAGUUCAGAGUGGUGUUGAAAGUGGUGCGAGACUUGUUCUUGAUGGGAGAAACAUUGUGGUUCCAGGGUAUGAGCAUGGAAACUUUGUGGGUCCUACUAUCUUAUGCGAUGUUACAACCAACAUGGAGUGCUACAAGGAAGAAAUCUUUGGACCAGUUCUCCUUUGUAUGCGGGCUGACAGCCUAGAAGAGGCCGUAACUAUUGUUAAUAGAAACAAGCAUGGAAAUGGAGCUUCCAUAUUCACCACAUCUGGUGUAACUGCAAGGAAGUUUCAGAAUGAAGUUGAGGCAGGGCUGGUUGGGAUAAAUGUCCCUGUUCCAAUUCCAUUGCCAUUCUCCUCAUUCAAUGGAUCCAAAGCGUCUUUUGCUGGUGAUCUCAAUUUCUGUGGGAAGGCAGGGGUACAAUUUUACACGCAGAUAAAAACGGUGGCACAACAGUGGAAUGACUUACCAAGCCGAAGAGUCACACGACCUCUCCCUCCAACAUCUGAGACAGAAAUUACUAGUCGAGGAGUGUCCCUACUGCAGCCUAUAACAUCCGAUAGCGAUUUACCUAGCCGAGAAGUCUCUUCAGCAUCUGAGAGGGAUUUACCAAGCCGUAAUGUCUCACUGCCCUUGCCUCCAACAUCUGAAAGGGAUUUGCCAAACCAAGGAGUGAUGCCAUCGAUGCAUCCAGCAAUGGAUAGGGGGUUACUUAACCAGGGUGUGUCACUAAGUGUGAUUUCAACAUCUGAGCGGGAUUCAGCAGACCAGGAGAUGUCACUAACUAUGCCUCCAGCAAGUGAGAGGGAUUUACCAGGACAAGGAGUGUCAUUUUCCAUGCCUCAAACAUCUGAGAGGAUCAAUGUACCUCAAACGUCACAGUGGGAUGAACCUCUACCAGUAACAUCUCUAAGGAAGGAAACCAUUCUGCCAACUUCUGAAAGGAUUUCUUUGCCAUCAACAUCUAAUGAUAACAUCGCUCCAACAUUUCAAAUGAUGGACAGUGGUGUGGCUCCAACUUCUGAGAGGGUAUACAUGCCUACAUCUCGCAGGAAUGACAUUAUGGGUCCAAUGUCUCGCAGAAAUGACAGUAUGGUACCAACAACUCAAAAGACUGAAACCAAUGGAUGUCCAACUUCCGAGAGAGUAUAUAUUCCUCCAAUAUCUCACAGGAAUGAAAAUGUCAACCCAACGUCUCAAAACUCGGUCAUGCACCCAAGCUCCGAGAGGUUAUACUUGCCGACAUCUCUCAGGAAUGACAGUAUAGGUCUAAUGUCUUUGAGGACUGACACUCCUAUUCAUCCAGCUUCUGAGAGGAUGUACCUGUCAACAACGUCAUACAGGAAUGACAACAUGGUUCCGUCACAAAGGACUGCUUCUAUGACUCCAAAUGCUGAGAAGAUGUAUAUGCGUUCAGCAAUGCAGAGGAAUGACCGUAUGCCACCAACAUCUGAGAGGUUAUACGUUCCUAUAAAUCUUCAGAGGAUGUAUGCUCAAACCCCAAUAGUAUCAAUGGAUGAAUAUCCUGGCCAAGGAGUGUCGCUGACUUUGCCAACAUCUAAGAGGUCAUGAGAUUCAACUCAUAGGCUAUUUAGUUUUUUCUUUUUCUUUUUCUUUUCUUAUCUAAGGAAGUAUUCAGCCCUUCUGUUUCUUUUUGGUAAAUAAUUAGGGAACUCUAGUCGGUGAACUUACAAA